AUGCGGUCCAGACGGGUACAGGAUACAAUCGGCCCUACGGUGAAUGAGUAUGAUAUCUCCUGUCCGGAAGCAGUCGAGUCGCCUGAAAAGAAUAUCGUUGCUGAAAGGGUCGCACAUCCCAAACCAAUGACCGUAAAUGUGACGUUUGUCACGGGGCUGUACGAAAACGGAAAUGGAAUACAUUACUACAAAGAGAAUCCAAAUAUCACAGCCCAACAGUUUUCAGUUUUCAAUUUGUGCACAAGAAUAGCAGCGGAGUGGAAGAAGCCUUCAAUCGAGUCCUGUCCAAUAUGA